GAUAAUUGUGCUGCAAUGCAAUUUGCUGACUGCACGGGAUCACUUAUUUUAACAGCAAAAAAAGCAGAAGUGUCGAUAGUAUCGCGGAUGUGGGUUACAGCUUGAGUCGGCGCAACGUCUUUUAUGCACAGGGCGAGUCUCACUUUCUAAAGCGAUGAACCUGGAGGAGCAGACGGUAACCUGGCUGAUAUCUCUAGGUGUGUUGGAUUCGCCUAAAAAGAAUAUCGCAGACCCAGAAGAGUUCCUGAAAUUCUCCUUGAAAGAUGGGGUGGUGCUCUGCAAACUCGUGGAGCGGUUGCAGCUGGGCUCUCUGCACAAGUUCUGUCAAGAUCCAAGAAGCGAAGAGGACUGUCUGAGCAACAUCAGGGAGUUUUUGACUGCAUGUGCAUCGCUAAAAAUAGAGGGAUUUGAUGCUGAAAAUCUGUAUGCAGGGGAAGAUUUUGGCAAAGUUUUACACACACUAUCAGUCAUCAACAUCACCACACAAGAUCACUGUGUAGAAAGAUCAUGUACACGCUCUGCCUCCCAAGCACAUAGCCAGCCAUCCAGUUCUCAGAGAACGUCCUCUUUCAAAGGACAUAAAUCUCCGCAUAGACAAUCCAAAAACACGGAAGUGAUGGAGAAUGGCAGUCAACAGGUGCUUGUUAAAGCCCGCUUUGUUUUCAAACAAACAAAUGAAGAUGAGCUUUCAUUUUCCAAGGGUGAUGUUAUCAGUGUGACACGCAUGGAAGAGGGUGGCUGGUGGGAGGGCACCCUAAAUGGCAAAACUGGAUGGUUCCCCAGUAAUUAUGUGAGAGAGAUCAAGGCAACUGAUAAGCCUAUUUCUCCCAAAGCUUUGAAGGCUUUUGAGACACCCACACUGACAAAAAAUUAUUACAAUGUGGUUGUGCAAGAUAUUCUUGAUAAUGAACGUGAGUAUGCAAAGGAGCUUCAGACACUACUGUGCAACCACCUGAGGACUUUGCAGUCAUCUGAUAAACUUCCAGCCACUGAUUGUGCAUCCCUAAUGGGGAAUUUGGAAGAAAUAUUCACAUUUCAGCAAAAUCUUUGUCAGAGUUUGGAGGACUGUGCAAAGUUAUCAGAAUCACUGCAGAGGAUAGGAGGCUGUUUCAUGUCCCACAUGUCUCAGCUAAAGAGCUUGUACAGUUCAUAUUGUUCUAACCACCCAUCUGCUGUCCGUGUACUUACUGAGCACAGUGAAGAACUGGAACGGCUUAUGGAGAGUCAAGGUGCAAGCAGUCCCGGAAUCCUCACGUUAACCACAAGUCUGAGCAGACCGUUCAUGAGACUAGAGAAAUACCCAACUCUUAUGCAAGAGCUGGAAAGACAUGUUGAGGAAUCCCAUCCUGAUCACAGCGAUAUCCUGAAAGCAAUGUCAGCAUUCAAAAACCUUGUGGUACAGUGUCAGGAUCUGAGAAAAAGGAAGAAUUUAGAGCUACAGAUCCUUUCUGAACCAAUUCAAGGCUGGGAAGGAGAAAGUGUGAAAUCACUGGGUACUGUCUUAUACAUGUCACAAGUCAUGGUGCAGAGUGCAGCAAGUGAGGACAAAGACGAGAGAUAUUUCAUGCUUUUCCCAACUGUCCUUUUGAUGCUAUCAGCCAGUCCACGAAUGAGUGGUUUCAUAUAUCAGGGUAAAUUGCCUUUAACAGGGAUGACUUUAACCAAACAAAUUGAAGAUGGGGAGGCAAAUCAAUAUGCAUUUGAAAUCAUAGGAAAUAUGAUUGACCGAAUCACUGUUUAUUGCACCAAUCAGCAAGAUCUACAUCAGUGGGUGGAGCACUUAAAUAGUCUGACCAGAGGUGGGAGCCCUGGAAGCACAAUAGCAAAGAGCCUGGAAGGAAGAUCAGGUUCUGUGUCUGGCACCCCUUCUCAUCACACCCCUUCUCAGGUAUUCAGCACUUCUGGCUCCAUCCGAGGGCCUUUGGAACCCCUCAAGAUUGCAAAGCCAUGGUCUUUCAGUUGUUUACGGCCUGCACCUCCCCUUAAACCUUCCGCUGCACUGAGCUACAAGGAGAGGAUGUCUUAUAUCCUGAAGGAGUCUGGCAAAAGCCCACGAACCAUGAAGAAGUUUCUUCCAAAGAGAAAAACGGAACGAAAGCCAUCAGAUGAUGAGUUUCUCCUCAGGAAAAGUACAGCAGCCCUUGAGGAAGAUGCCCAGAUUUUAAAAGUUAUCGAAGCUUAUUGUACAGGAGCAAGCUUCCACCAGAAUAUCACUUCUACUACUCGAAAGGACUCUGUUCCUCAAGUUCUGCUACCAGAAGAAGAGAAAAUAAUUAUUGAAGAGACGAAGAGUAAUGGUCAGACAGUCAUUGAGGAAAAGAGUCUUGUUGAUGCUGUCUAUGCUCUGAAAGAUGAAGUUCACCAGCUGAAAAAGGAAAACAAGAGAAUGAAGCAGUGCCUAGAAGAAGAGCAAAAGUCUCGUAAAGAGUUGGAAAAGUUAGUGAAGAAGCUUGUAAAGCAAAAGAAUGAUUGUAAUUGGGAGGACACUGGCCAUUAAUGAUUGCCUCCAUUCCAUAAUUGUAUCAUACCUGCACAUAUCUGUGCAAGUGUCUGCUUCUUCCGAGCGACCCAAGGGUUUGCUGUUUGCUGUGUGUCUGCAUGUUUUCUCCUAUACACCUAAUAUAGUAUACCAGCUACCACUUGUUCGUCUGUGUUGCACAGUAGUCGCUAACAAACAAAUGUUGUGUCCAUCAAUAAAUUAGUUGGAUAAUUCAGAGCUGCAGGCGGUUUCUUUACACAAGAGGCAAUGGAAAAUGCAGCUGGAUAUGAUGACAAAAAUUCAACAGUGGAAACACCUGUGGAUCAAACAUUCAUUUUUAUAAAGGUUUUAUUUUUGCUGUACAUCUUCCAGCUUCCAAAGAUGUUUGCAUAAAGAAAUAAGUUAAAUUGAGAAGAUUCAUGACUGAUGUUUUUAAUUUAUGCUGGAACGGCAAUUUACAGAAGCCACUUCUGAUUUUUUGGAGUUUGCUUUGAUACUUUGAAGGAAAUACCUCAUUGACAUUGGAAUUUAUCUCUUGUCUGAUUCCUUGUUGGAUUUGCUUUAAAGAAUUUGGAUAUUGCAGCAUACCCUUGCUUUUCUUCAAUCUUUAUUUAAGAAGAUAAACAGAGAACACCUCAAGGAUUCCCUUCAUGGGCUACCAGAAAAUCUAGAAAUCUUCCACUGCAUUUUUCCAUAGUUUGGAAGUACAAAGUUAAAAUGUGCAGACCAGUCAGGAUACACUGUUUGAAACACUUUUAUCUUCCAUUUUAGAUACUUAGUGUGAGUGGGAAGAGAUUUUCUUAUAUAUAUUUUUGAGAGCAGAUACUUUUCUGCAGUUAAAUUGACUUUUAGUGUUUUUAUUUGUUCGCAGUGGACUAUGCUUGGUGAGAAUGAUCUGUAUUCCUGCAUCAACUGGUUGUCAAAUGUAACUUGUACCUCUGAAGCUGUUUCGUCAAAGACUUUAAGUGUUGCCCAUUUAACCUUUUGCUCUGACAGUAUGAUAUUUAAAAGGCUUUUACUGCAUGUGUAUGUAUUUGUACAGGUGAUAGAUUCAGCAGAAAUUUUUUUCUGAAAGACAUAACUGUGCAUUUUGUGGAUCACGGAUCUCUGAAAAAUUUCAAAAGCAAUCUUUAUUCAUUCUUUUUGAGUCCAUCAAGCAAUCAGGGAUAUUAACCUUAAAGAAUGCAAACAAUAUUACAGAUAAGCCUAUAGAUGCAUUUUCUUUUUCCUAACGCUCUAUUGAGCGUCUUUUGACUCACAGAUUACCAAGAAAUUAAAUUGAAAAUAAUUAUCUAUUUAUUUUCAUGAAUAUUGUAAACUUUUUUUAAAAAAUGCAGUAUUUUUUGGUACUCUUUGGCAUUGUAGUGUGUAUUUGUUUUGUUUUUUUUUUUUUUUUCCUUUUUUCCUUGUUUUGUUACCAGUGGCAAAUAUACAAGAGCUCAACAAAUAGAUCUGAUGAUUUCCCUUAACCAGGUACCAGUUAGAAAGGAAAUAACACUCUUAGAUUGAUGUGUAAGUCUUUGGAAGAAGGCUGCAUUUAGUAAGUUAUUGUAAGAAUGAAAUAGACAGCCUCAAGUAUGGCAUGGCCCUGCACUCUCUACAGUAGUAAAGUAGAUACUAAAAAUUUCAGUGGUACGAUAUAAAGAGGUUUAACCAUAGUAAGCCAUACACUAUUUCUGACAUAAAGAAGAAAAUGCCAAAUUAUCAGUAGAACAAAUUUGUGAAAGUAUGUUAUUAUUGGUGCUAAAAUCCUCUGAUUAGUAGUUCUACGUAGAUAAUAAAUGGUUGAAAUGUAUACAAAUUUUAUUCUUCAAAAAUGCUGGAAGUGUCUUAAGCAGUAUAAGUUGUUACGUUAAUUUGAAAUUGUGUUAUACAACACACCUUACAAUGUAUUUAUUCUUAGAGUAGCAGUUGUGCUUUUGUGUUCAUCUUACAAAUAAAACUAGAGACAAAGCACUUAAGAGGUGCUUAUUCAAAAGCAAUAUAGCCCCCUACUUAUUAUAGUUAUUGCAUGGCAAAUUGGUUGAGAAAAGUAGUUCUGUUAAACUGUGUGAGAGUUGUGCAAGCAUGCAGUGGAAGUAAUGAAAAGUUGCAAUAUGGUAAAAACACUGCAAAUUAUCAAAUCAUACAGACGUUGAGAUAACAAUUAGAAGGGAAAUGAGAGAGAGAAAAUGGUGGAUAUAUGAAUGUUUACUGAAGAGAGCAGACCAUGCGAGUAAUGUUAGUUAUAUAAUAGUCCAUCAGACAUGGCAUCUUAUCCACUGGAUUUCCUAAAAUAAAGCAGGGUAUUGGAGUCAACAGCAAAACUGUCAGUUUCUUCAGUUGCAUCCUCCUGUUGCCCUCUUUAUAAAUAUAAUUUUUCUGUAAAAAUGUACUUUCCACCAACAACUACAGAUGCAUGACACAUUUUUAAAUAGAAAACCUGCUUAUGUCAUAUAUUAUUAAGUUUGACUAUUUUGUUAAGUAAAGCUUACUGUAUUGUAAGCUUAAUGAGGUGAUCCAAAACAAGUGCUAAUCUGUAUUUAAUACUAACUGUGGAAUAUUCCUAGAAAGGUCACAUCAGAUUACAGAUAUUUUAUUAUGAUGGGGUACAUUGGACAUAAACAAAGAAGUAGCAUUGGCCGAUGUAUUGGGCUAAGGCAAUAGUUUUUUUAGGGUGAAUGGCUCUUUAAAUAUGAACUCAUAGCUAUGAGUUAUUUGAUGGCUUGACAACAAGAAAGGAGAAUGUUGUAGUUGUGUCUGAGCUUGAAUUGAUGUUAUUGGGAAUUGGAUAACUGUUUUAGGAUUUUUCGGGCUAUAGCAAUAUUUGCCGUUUUACCUUUUCAAACGCAUCAUUGCUACACCUAUUUGACAUAAGUAGGCUAGCUUCAUUGGUAUAAAGAAUAUCUUACAUCAUAUACACAAAGUAAAAAAAACUAUAGAUGUGGGAAAGUCAUUGGACCCUCAGAAAAGUGGAGUCUUAGGUAUGAGAAAGCAUAUUAAUGUGUUUUGAGAAUCUGUAAAGAUUUAGAGCUGAUACCUUCUUUUAGAAGUCAGCGCUGUCCUAUUGCAAAUGAUUCUUGUGUUACUGGAUACAGUUUGAUACAGCCAGAGAAUUAUUUGAUAUAAAAUUAUGGUCACUACUUCCAUCAAAGCAGUGGGAUUUGUUAUUCAUUACCUGAUGGCACUGAUUGUCACCCUUUUUAUUUUCAUGUAGUUGUAGCAUACAGUUUGUUUCUUUUAUGAUAUAUAGUUUUUAAUGUGUUUUUUUUAUCCAGAAUCUCAGUUGUUUUCUUACACAGGUUCCCCUUAAGUUUUGUAGAUUAGCAAUACUUUACAUUAGAUUUAUGCAAAAGCAUAACAGUUAUCUCUAUUAUGAAUCAUAGCAAAUUAAAGGUUUUAAAUAAUAUAAUUUUCACAGGUAAUGAGUAGCAAUUCCAGAACUGAUAAAUUUGCAGUGAACAGACCAAAAAAUAAAGUACCAUUUAGGAUAGGAAAGGUUGUCUGUUAUUUUAAAAAAAAAAAAAAAAAAGAUAGCACAUGUUUGCGCCAUGUUUUGCACUGCAGUAUGUGAUUGUCUUCAACUGGUUUUUGUACUUCAGCUAUGAUGAAUUCCUGCCAUUUAUUUUUUCAUAUUUUAUUAUCCAUUGUUAGAACUCCAGAACAGGCAACCCUGACCAGAUUUACUUGUGCAUUUUUAUGUGUGAAGUGUCACUGCUUGUAACUUCUGUGUUAGUGGGUUCAUUGCAUAUAUAACAUAGCCCUUCCAGCUCCAAAAUUGUAAUCAAGUUAGUACUUGCUGUGAUUAGUACUGAGCCGUACAGAUGCACCUGCUUUUCAAAUGGCAAUACAUCGCAUCUUCAUGCAUGUCAGAUUAGGAAUACUGAAGGUAAGAUCAUUUUUUUUUCUCUUUUGCUGGCUGAAGUUUGCACUUCUGGUUGAAACUUAUCUAAAACCAAAAUGUAUCUUGUUUUUAAUUCUCAUUUAUUUUUAAGAUAGAAAAGAGGACAUGGUCUCAAUUUUGUGAACUCCGCUUAGCCAGACAGGGGUUCUUUUCCUGUUUGCACAUAUUUUAUUAUUCACCUGUGUGCUCUGUGCAGAUUUAUACUAUGCAAUUAUUGUCAUUGUUAUUGUUAUUACUAUUAUAAUUAUUUUCUAACAACUAUUAUUGUUAUGAUUGAAUCAUGCAUUUCUUUUAAUAAAAAAGUGAUAAGAAA